UCCCUUAGUUGGUAGAGUCGGGUAGCGUCGCGUAGCCGAUGAAGACAUUUAUGAGGAAGUAGAGGAACGUGAAUAGCAACAGUCCUGUUAGUGAACUUAGAGCUUAGUAUGGAGAGUCCCGAGGUAACUUUUACUUUAGCCUACAUCGUGUUCUCUUUCUGUUUUGUGUGUGCGCCCAACGAAUUUCGUUCAGCCGGUUUAACCAUCCAGAAUCUGUUUUCGUCCUGGCUGGGGAGUGAGGAUGUGGGCUUCACUCAGUACCACAUCAGGAGAACCAGCAUUACCGUCCUGGUCCACUCCGCGCUGCCUUUAGGUUAUUACAUGGGGAUGUGUAUUGCUGCUCCAGAAAAAAAACUUGGAUACAUUCACCAGGUGAGUGACAGCUGGAGAGCAUUUCUCCUCCUCUCUCUCUGCCUUCAGUUGGCCAGCUGGACGCUGGUCAUUUACUGGUCCCGCUCUCACUGGAAUAACCAUCCAAUAAGCCAGGCCCUGCAGGCCCACAUACAGCCAUCUCACCCCAGCUGGGGCUCUGUGGCAGCCAACAUGAACACUGAGUUCAGACGUAUAGAUAAGUUUGCUACAGGGGUGCCUGGAGCCAGAGUUAUAGUUACCGACAACUGGGUGUUAAAGGUGACCACCUAUCAUGUCUACAUGGCUUUACAGAGUGAAUGUCAUGUGACAGUAACAGAGUCUCAACAGCACCAACUGAGUCCAGACUUGGCCUCUCCUGCACAGAUCUUGACCUUUAGAGUGGGAAGCAUCAACCCUGCUGUCAAACCUUUUGAUAUCAGGCUCAACUCUACAGAGUAUCCAGAGCUCCGAGAAAAGCUCCAUGUUCCUAUCAGAAACUCUGCCAACGUAGUGAUUGGCCACACUAUCAGUGAACUCUUCCUAGAAACCUUCAGAGCUCAGGUGGACCUCAAUCAACCAUACAUACUCCCCAGCGGACAGGAGAUAGAGCCCUGUAUCGGCUGUAUGCAGGUUCCAGCAAACACCAAACUGGUCAGACUCUGCCACAUAGAAGGAUCUGACGAUGACUCAGAGUGCCAGCAGUGUUUCUGCAGACCCAUGUGGUGUCUCUCCUGUCUGGGUCGAUGGUUUGCCAGCCGUCAAGACCAGCAAAGGCCAGAGACCUGGUUGUCCAGCAGAGUCCCCUGCCCCACCUGUAGAGCCAAAUUCUGUAUACUGGACAUCUGUAUUGUCCGCUGACAACACCCUCCAUAUAGAUCCAAAUAGCAUUUUUUUUUCCUUUGGAAAAAGCAACAUACAGCACCAAAUAUCUGGAGGGGAAAAAGUGGACAGGACACUGAAUAUUACAGUAUACAUAGUUGUUUUUUUUUUUGUUUGUUUUUUUUAAAAUAAAGACUGACAAUAUAGCAUAAUCAUAUAACAAAUUACUGUUAUUUUACCCAGUGCAAAAAUAUGCUUCCUAGCAAUUCUAUAAUCAUGACCUGAUCAGUGUACAUACAUUUCAAAAUGCUCUAAAUAGCCAAAUCAAAUGUUAUUUACCCCUGCUUAUAUCGAAAUUUAAAGGUUACCUGAUCAUUCACAUGUAUGCUCUGAGUAGGGAUAGUUAAUCAGAAACAAUUAUUUAAAUUACAUUCAUACUUGACACUUAAUAUGUCAGUCAGUGAUAAUGUUAUUCUUCAGUGCAAUGAUUUUGAGUUGUGUAAUGUAGUGUGUAGUGUAUUUGUCACUUUUAUUUCAAAUUUUUUAAGAUAUCCCUUGAGCAGUUUGAUCAGUGGAGCCAGUAGCACCAGUUUUUAUCCCAAGUUCUAGAACAUGCAAAUGCAAGCAUGCAAAGUAAAUUGGAGACAUUGUAUUUCUUUUACAUGUGAGAGUUUGUUUUCGUUAACGUAAGCUGUGAGAUUGUGUGUGCUGAGAAUUGUUAAAACAUGUUUUUAUUAAAGCUCUUGCAAACCAU